CUCAAUCAGUCGGGUUAUAAAAGCCCAUGAGGAAGUGGCUUCUUUAGGUAGUAUAAGUUAGUGUUUAGAAGCGUUGAUUGCCGGAAAAUGCUCUCGAAAACCAAAUUCGUGUCGCUGGUGUUGUGCGCCUUGUUUAUCAAUGGCGAAAUACAAAGUGUCAGCGGUAGACCUUUCAUACAACAUCAACUUCAGGGCAUUGUCGAAUCAGCAACAGACACAAUAAGAAGUAUUAUGCACACAAUUCAUGCAACUGUGAUGGAUAAAGCGUCAACCUUGGUUUCCACUAUUGCCACAAAAGUUGCCAAAGAACUUUUGCCUGAAAAAUGUGAAGAUGGCGCCGACUGCGAGCGGUCCUUCCUUGAAUCCGUAAUCAGCAAAACUGCUAUAAAUCUAAUUACUGAUAGGUUGAACCCAGCGACAAUAAAAACAAAUGAGGCAACAACAACUGAAGAACCAGUAACCGAAGAACCAACAACUGAGGAACCAACAACUGAGGAACCAUAAAGCAAGCAAAGCGGCUUCAUGCUACGACUAAAUUAAAAUGUCGAAGAGUAGAUUUGUUAGAGUAUAUAAAGUAUAAUGUUAUUGGAUUCAUAAAAAUAAGUAUACGAAAUAAAAUGUUCUAACCACAAGCCUUGAA